CAUUUCUAUUCCAUGUGUGAAUGGUUCAUAUAUAAGCGUUGUGUGACUUCUCAUAGUCAUUGUAUAUUCAGCUACUUUGAAUACGCGCCAAGCAUCAUGUCUACCUUCGCUUUCCUCCUCCUCUGCGUCCAAGUUUGCUUGGUUCAGAAUGUAUACAGCCAGUACCUCGGAGGUCCUCUUGGAUGUGGAUGUGAAGCCGGUCUGGCUGGACCCCUUGGCUACGGCCGAGGCCUAGGCAUCGCUGGUUUAGGCUGUGAAGCCGGUCUAGUUGGCAACGCUGGUUACGGUUUGGGCCUUGGUCUUGGUGCUCCAUAUGGUGCUGCCUACGGAGGUGCCGGUGUCGGUGAUGUAUCAGUCGCUGGUGAGAUGGGCGUCGCUGGUAACACCCUGGUCGCUGGUCAAGUGCCUAUCCUCGGUGCCGUCGAGUUCGGAGGUAUCGUGCCAGCUGCUGGAGCUGUCUCCAUCGCCGGUAGCUGCGGCUGCGGCUGCGCUGGUGGUUACAUCUACUAUCUAUCUGAAAACGUUGAUCACAAGACUCAAAUUGAUGCUAUUUACACGGAUUUUACGAGUGCAUUCGACAAAGUAAGCCAUACAAUCUUACAAUCGAAGCUUAUGUAUUACGGAAUCCAUGAAAACAUUUUCGCGUCGAUGAAGUCAGUAUGUUUCUCAGUAGAUGUAACCACCGCCGCAACCGCAGCCGCAGCUACCGGCGAUGGAGACAGCUCCAGCAGCUGGCACGAUGCCUCCGAACUCGACGGCACCGAGGAUCGGCACUUGACCAGCGACCAGGUUUACAUUCAAACGGUUAACAUGUUCAAGGCUGUACUUUUAGUCUGCGCUCAGGCGCUCUUGAUCCAGUCUAUCGCUGGACAGUACAUCGGAGCUGGAUGUGGCGGCGCUCCUUACGGUAUCGGCGCUCCUCUUGGUGGUUGUGGUUGCGGUGUUGCGAUCCCUGCCUCUAGCGGUGGUGGUCUCGGUGUGUCAAGCGCUUCUCCUAUCUCACCAAACGGAGUGUCUGUGCUCUCAGAAAACGCUAUUGAAGGACCUCUAGCAGUCGCCGGUGCUCUACCGUUCUUGGGAACCGUCGCUCUGGAAGGUAUUCUGCCAACUGCUGGAGCUGGUGCUGUCAACUACGGAUGUGGCAACGGAGCCGUCGCCAUUGUGGAGGAACUCGCUCCCGCUGGCCUUGCUGGCCCACUCGGCUACGGCCUUGGUCCCUUCGGUGCUAUUGACGGUUUAGGCUACGGCAUCGGUGGUCUGGCUGGUCCUUACCGCGGUGGUUGCGGUUGUGGUGUCCUCAUCUAAAAACAACAACAAAUCGUUGCUCGUGUCGAAUAAAAACGGGAAUAGUCCAGGAGCUUUGUCAAAGAUAUAUAUCUUUUAUUUGUUUUACAAAACUCUACGUAGUUAGUUAAAUUAAACAGAUUCCUCAGACUAACCUAGGAAUACCUUUUUCAACAUCGCCUGGAUAUCCUGAAAUAUCUUCAUAUUCUGAAUAAUAAUGAUAUAAAAACGUCUUUUAUAAC